AUGAUGGAUGCUGAUAAUAUCAUUCCCGUGUCUGGGAAUGGGAGUCUUGAAAAUUGUCAUCACCAACAAGUCCCAAUAUCUGAAAAUGUUAACGGGACCUCAAAUGGCAAUCUUGAGAUUGAAGAUUUGGCGGAGAAUUUCGAAAAUUCCAUUGAGGUGAAUGUUGAGAACAAAUUAAAUUCUGGCCAAGAAUUCGUAGAAGAGCCUACUUUACCGCCAGAAAGCCAUUCAACCAGCAACUCAAAGGAUUCUGGAGUUCAAGAGCCUGAUGAAUCAAAGAACUUGAAACCGCAAGACAGUAUGAUCAAGAUCGGCAAUAGGAAACAUUUGAGCAAGGGCAAAGAUGGCAAAGAGGUUAAGAAAUCUGCAAACGGCAACAUUGCUUCCGAAUCACGCCCGAGACAGACUUCUGCUUUUGGAACAAAAAGUAAAUCAUUCAAUGAGAGGCAAAGUGCUGACAGCUAUAGAGCCGCUUCUGCUAAAAAUGCGGCACAGCCUGAAGAAAUUCCUAAGAAGACAAAGGUGAAAGCCCUUACAAAAGGCCCUGCCAGUAAAGCCGAUGAGAGCUCACAGUCUUCAUCAAAUCCUACAGCUGAGGAAGCUAAGCCCCUAAAAAUGGGUUCUCUUCCUGCCUAUAAUUUCAGUUUUAAAUGCAACGAAAGGGCUGAGAAAAGGAAAGAGUUCUAUUCGAAACUCGAGGAAAAGAUUCAGGCAAAGGAAGAAGAGAAGAGUAAUCUGCAAGCUAAAACCAAGGAAACACAGGAAGCUGAGAUCAAGAAGUUGAGGAAAAGUUUAGGUUUCAAAGCUACACCAAUGCCGAGCUUCUAUCAGGAACCUCCACCUCCAAAAGCAGAACUAAAGAAGAUACCUACUACCAGAGCUAAAUCCCCCAAACUUGGCCGGAAAAAGAACUUGAGUUCACCAACUGCCGGCACCAAAGAAAGCGGGCCUUGCCAGCCUAGGCUAAGCUUGGAUGAGAAACUCUCGCAAAGCAACCUUGCCCGAACAACACGUGAAGAACAUGUCAAGAGGCCGCAAAGGAAGUCUCUUCCCAAGUUACCGUUUGAAGACAAUGCCUUAUCAUAUGAAAAGAAAAAAACAUCAUCGUCUCGUAAAACCAAUGCUUCCAAAGAAACCGUUGAGCACGAGGUUCAGCCAAAAGUCUUGACAAAUGAAGAAAGUACAGCUGCUCAGACAUUCGAGGGUAAGUUGGACGUAAAUGAGAAACUUCCAGAGGCUGGAGAAGAAAUUGCUAAGGUGCAAGAGGCAAUUGCAGUAUGA